UCAUUGCUCUCUUUCUGUUUCUCUCCCUCUCUGUCUCUUCUCAACUUUUCUUUUUUCCUCUCUCUCUCUUCUGCAACUCUUUUCACACAUUCUCUCUCAAAAUGAAUUCUCAUACUAAUCUGUUAUUACUCUUAAUCUCACUGAUUUUUUCUAAUAAUAAUAUUAUUUUAUUAACCUCCUCCUCUUGUUCUACUGCUAACAAUGACUAUUCUUCAUUUUUCGAUAAAGUAACUUCCUUGAAUCACAAGUCUUUAAAUUCGCUGAAGAAUCAAUCGGCAUCCAGGCUGAGAAAAUCUUCUACAGAUUGCAAUAUAUGGACUAAGGCCUGUUCGGAGGCUGUGCUUGCCCUGGCACGGCGGCCGGAGACUAUUAAGUGGCUGAAAAGCGUGAGGAGGAAGAUUCACGAAAACCCUGAGUUGGCUUUUGAGGAAGUUAAAACAAGUGAGUUGGUUAGAAACGAGUUAGAUAAAAUGGAUAUCGAAUACAAGUAUCCUUUGGCUAAAACGGGUAUUCGGGCUUGGAUCGGUACUGGUGGGCCUCCGUUUGUGGCUAUUCGAGCUGACAUGGAUGCUCUCCCUAUUCAGGAAGCUGUAGAAUGGGAACAUAAAAGCAAAGUUGCUGGGAAAAUGCAUGCUUGUGGGCAUGAUGCACAUGUUGCAAUGUUGAUGGGUGCUGCCAAGAUUUUGAAGAGUCGUGAACAUCUUUUGAAGGGAACUGUGAUUCUGCUGUUCCAGCCAGCAGAGGAAGCUGGGAAUGGAGCAAAAAGAAUGAUAAAAGAUGGAGCAUUAGAAGAUGUAGAAGCUAUAUUUGCAGUUCAUGUGUCCCAUGAACAUCCUACAGGCAUUAUUGGUUCAAGGCCUGGCCCUUUGCUCGCCGGCUGCGGUUUCUUCAGAGCAGUAAUUAGUGGCAAAAAGGGUCGUGCCGAUAACCCACACCACUCUGUUGACCCCAUUUUAGCAGCCUCUGCUGCUAUCAUCAGCUUACAGAGUAUUGUCUCUCGCGAAGCAAAUCCACUGGACUCUCAGGUAGUGUCUGUUACCACAGUGGAUGGAGGCAAUAAUCUUAACAUGAUACCAGACACUGUUGUGUUUGGUGGCACCUUUAGGGCUUUCUCUAACUCAAGCUUCUACCUACUUCUUCGACGCAUUAGGGAGGUGGUUGUAGAACAGGCAAGUGUUUUCAGAUGUUCUGCAACGGUAGACUUCUUCGAGCAAGAAUACACAAUCUACCCACCAACAGUAAAUGACAAUGACAUGUAUGAACAUGUGAAGAAGGUAGCAAGUGAUUUAUUAGGUUCGACAAAUUUCAGAGUGGUGCCACCAAUGAUGGGUGCAGAGGACUUCUCAUUUUACUCACAAUUAGUCCCUGCAGCCUUCUAUUAUAUAGGCAUGAGGAAUGAGAGUUUAGGGUCAACACACAUAGGUCACUCUCCCUAUUUUAUGAUAGAUGAGGAUGUUCUUCCUUUUGGAGCUGCAACUCAUGCAGCCAUUGCAGAAAGAUACCUUAUUGACAUGACUAAUGGGUUAUGAUAGAAGAAUUUUGGGUUUACUUUGAUUAGUAGAUUUUUAAGUAGACAUGUUUUAAGAGAGCAAGAGAAUUUGCUGCGUGAUUCAUGCUCACGCUCUCUUUUUCUUUGUUGUUGUACUUAUGUUGGGGAUUGGGGACCCAGUAGGAGGAAAGGUUUUUCCAUUGCUAGUGUAAAGGAUGGAGGGAGAGAUGUGGUCCUAGAUGUAGUUGCAACUGUAUUUCAUGUUCUUCAAUCAAUAGUAAAUUAGCAUUUACUCAAUUUAA